GCUGUCGAGAACUAACUCUGCACGAGAAGGAGCUAUGAGUUACUCGAGAUAUCUGUCCACUUAGCUUCUGGAAGAGCGUAUCUAAGGCUUACGACGGCUUGCUACCAUGCGGCCAUUUUUUUGUUCACUCAAACAGUGCCCUGAUAUGGUUUAGUUGGCAAUAUGACUUGCGAUUGUAAAUACUAACCAAAUGUCCGUAUGAAGAUUGGUAAUACAGUGACGCACAUCUUUCGACUGAUCAGCUUAACAGGUGCUGAAUGUACUUUAACACGUUAAUAGCCUGCUAGAGCUUUCGUAGUUAGCCUUGUUAUAAUCUCGUUCAUAGCAAUGGGGUGCAACGAAUAAGGUUGGUUGAAUCUUGGCUGGAAGCUGCCCUUCUGGAUGAUGUAGGGCGCAAUUUCGUUGCUGUUUACCGAAAACAGUUAGUGACGACACUGUCCUGCUGCGGACGCACUAUGAAGCUAAUAUGGUUGCUUAGCCUGGUGUCAAUGGCAGCUUUUGCCGACGGGCUGACGUUUCAAAACCUUGUCCACACCAAUCAGGAAUGGGCCUUUCUUGGACGCUUCUGUUUCCUAUCGCUUCGUGGACACUUUAUCUACAACAUCAGUUUUCCAAAGGAUUACGGGCCCGUCGAGCUUCUUCUGUAUUACGACGCACCCGGCCUCUGGGAAGCUGUCUACCGCUCAAAUAAGACCUGUGUGGAACGCAUAAAGCCUUUAGAUCAGCGACGAAACCAGGUGAUUCUACUUGAAGUAAAUGAACGCGGAUGCGUUUCAUCGACGGAUCCCUUGCCAAGGGUUCAGUGUUCUGGCAUUAUCGGGUUCCAGACUGCGCGUCCUCGGUGGUGGUAUAUUGCUACAGCGAACUGUCGAAAACGCGCGAAUAAAAAAGCUAAUUACACUGGUUUAUAUCUCAGAUACCGACUGGACGCGCUAAACGACGCGGACCGCUGGUGGUUUAUGCAUUUUUCAGCCGAUCAGUUUUAUAUACUGCAGUUUGACAUUGCAUUUCUUGUCAUCUACGUAAUACUCUGCGGCCUCGCUUCAUACACUGCCUAUAAACUGAGUAGCCGUAAUCUUCUGCAUAAAACAUACAAAUUGUACCUUAUCUCAUUAGGCUUUCAGUUGGCUCAUCUCAUUAUGAUCAUCGGCUAUUACUACAUUAUAGCUGACUCUGGAGUGGAUUAUUCAGGGAUAAAACUCAUCGCAAACAUCUUCACGACAGUAUCGACACUUUCGCUUCAGCUAAUGCUUUUGUUGAUAGGAAAGGGCUACACGGUCACCCGCGCAAGGCUUAAAGCGAGAACGACAAUCAAAAUCCACGGUCUCAUGGCCUCCUAUGCGGUUCUGUAUGUAAGCCUUCUCAUGUACGAACAAUGUGUGUUCGAUCCGGGUUACGUACUGUACUUGUACGAAUCGCCGGCUGGUUACGCAAUUGUCGUUUUACGUCUUCUGUCGUGGGGCUGGUUUGUUUACGCAGUCGUAUUUACGUUGUACAGAUAUCCAGAAAAGCUAUCGUUUUACACUCAGUUAGUUGUUAUCUACACGACGUGGUUCGUAUCGAUGCCGGCGCUGGUUCUUAUAGCGACAUUCGCUAUUCCCAAUUGGAUUCGUGAAAAGAGCGUAUCUUUCGUCGAAGAACUCAUUAUGGCCUUCGCGCAUAUCGCCUUCCUUCACAUGGUUUGGCCGUCACGGACUAACGACCAUUUUCCUUUCCACGUCCGCGCUAACAAGGUGGUACCUCGAGGUGAAAAUCCGAGCUACCCCCACCAUGCGUACGCUCCAAGUAACGAAAACAAUAACCUGACCGGCGUCAACACAAUCGAAGCUCUGAAGGAAGCUUAUCGGGAAAUGACAGCUGUGUCAUCGUAAAUUCGGCAACGAUUCUUCUAUUUCAUUAAAAGCUCAUGACAAUGCAUAUGAGUUUUUAUGUGGAUUCCUCCAG